GUUUAGAAGAAACCUACUUUUUAUUGUGUUAUACGUGUGGUGGUGUUCAACUGGAUGAAGAGUGGCGACAGACAGUUGCUGCACUUUACUGUCACGUCAAAUAUGCUACGGUCAAAUGAGGCCGAAUAACGUCGAGACCGCGAACAACAGGGAAGUAGAAAGGCGUGGCCUAGUUAUAAUAAGAGGUGUUACACCAAUUAGAGCAGUAGAGGGUACACAGUGACGUUAUUGGCGUUCCGCAUUAAUGUGACAAUACAUACACAUGAGGUAUUGAACCGAGACAUGUUUAUGGUUAUAACAUGAACAUAUCUACAGUGAACACCAUGUAUGCUUCACAACUCUCAAUUUUGUUGUAUUUUCUAGUCCAGUCUGUACAGUACAGAUAAAUACAUUUAGGGGCAUUUAGAACCACUGAGCCAGGGUAAUGAUGCACAUGGUGCUUGCAUUUUUAGGAACAAAAAUGCAAGCGGGAGUUUUAAAAGGCGUUAACUGAACUAAUCUGACCGUCUGACAUGAUUCUCAAUAUACGCCGCCGUUUUAAAUAGGAUUGAAUUAACGCUGGCUUUGAGUAGAGCCUCGGUUCACUCCAAUCCAGCAGGUGGCGCUAGAGAUUUACACCACGUUUGAAAGACGUCCUUCGAUGGUCGCUGGCUGCUCUUGAUGACAACUUGCCAAUAGCGGGCUUUGUUUUGACAUGGCGGCAAGUUUCGAAGGUUUGUCUUGUUUUAACGCUUUAAGAGCUUCGUUCCACCCCAGUUCUUCACCCUCUGUCGUUUGUAUGCAAGCUGUGUGUCUUAGUCACUUUUAACAAUGCUUUCAAGCGUCCGAGUUUGACUUUUGGAGUGUUUGUUGAGGCGUCGCCUGUGUUACUAUAAGCAUUUAACAACUAAUGGAGGUGAAGUUGCCAUACCACCUAAUUCACGGUAUGCUAAUCAUACUCGUUUAAAGAGACACCAACUCCUAUUAAUACAGCUACUUCAGACUAGGAAGUGUUCAUUUGGAUACUCGUCGCCAUCAACUCUCGCUCAAGUCCCGGAUUAGCAAAGACCGCCACAAUGUCAUCUCCAGUCUCCGGACUUCCAUACUCCCAGAUGGACUUUUUGUCCCGUUGGAUGCCCAGCAGCACCAGGGCCGGUGUUAUCCUCAACCCUGGUCCGGAGCUGGCGGAGGCCCCGCGGUACAGGUCCCCCUCGUCCGCCCCGGGUUCUCCGCCCCUGCGGCCAGAUGAAGGCGACUCCUGCGCUUCGGACUUCGCCCCCCUACCGGCUUCGGCGAACAGCAGCUGCCUCGGCGGGCAUGACCCGUCCAGGGCGCCUGGUGGAGACGGGCCUGGCGGUGGCGGUCACAGGGCCGGACCCACCGGGGCCUCACAUGGAGAGGCGCACAGUUUGGCCGAGAUGUCCAACGACCCUCGGGAUGCCCCCAUUUUGAUGAAGCUGGAAGAGUCUUUGCAGCUGAGGCGGUGGCAGCAGCACAUGCAGGAGCAGCUUAAAGCCGACCAACUGGGCGAGCUCCUUCGCCUCCAGGAGGAGCAGCAGAGGCUCCUGGGAAUGAUGAACACAUCCCAUCUAUGUACAGAGGAGAGUUUAGGAGCGGAACCCGAGACCUCCAGUCCCAGCCAGAACCAAUGCAGCCCUUCAGCCAAGUGUGGAGUGAACCCCCAGCAGGAAGACACCCUCACAGGGCUGCAGAGUGGCGUGGAAAUGCAGGACAAGAAGGAUGGCACCGGGGCUGAUGCUCCCAAGAAGCAGGUUGAUGGUGCUUCAUCAAGACAAUGUGAUCACACGGCUUUUUCUUGCAACAACAGCAGAGAAGAUGAAUCAGUGCUUGACGACAGACCCAUAACGGCAGGCAAGCAGACCUUUGAGCAGUUACUGGAGGAGCAGCUGAGGUUGGAGGAGCAGAGGUUGAAAUCUGGCCGGCAACACCAGAAGCCAAACGCCAGAAGGGCCUUCCUGAGGCGAGGCCAGGGUUUGUCUCGAUUUGCCAACAACCGCAAGCUCUCUUUUCACACGGAGGACACAACGACGGAUUCCAAAGCAACACCCCAGGCCAGAAACUCCGGGCCCACAUUCAGUCAGGGAGGUGGCACAACAGCCUCCCAGAGGCUUCCCGUCCAGCGUAAAACCGCCACCCUCAACAAGGAAAACCGUCCGAGAGGCGCCACUGCGCCGCCCCAGCAUCUGAGAGUUGAGCGCAAGGCGGCGCAGGUGAAGGUGUUGGGCUGCCACCAGAGACAAAACACAGCCAGGAGCGCUGUAGCUUUAAUUGCUCUACCCGGCAAACAUGUGCAGCACCGCCAGCUCGCCGUGACGAAGGAGGGGCCGGCGUUGGCGGACGGGCGAGGGGUCGCCGGAGUUGUGCAGGACUCCUUGGAGGGAUCCUUGGUGGAGAAGCUGCAGCGCUGGGAGUGUGAGCGCCAGCUUGAGAGCAUGGAGCUGGGAGAGUUUGAACUCCUGGAGCAAGCGGCCGAGGAGCUGUCCUUCUCCUCCACCUCCUCCUUUGUCACCAAGGUUCUCCAGAUGGAUCAGCAGAACCAGAAGCUGCUCGGUGUGGCGGGGCUGCACCAGAGACGCUUGUCAUCCACGCCCAUCAAGUGCCCGCCCACCAGGGAGCAGCGUAGCAGUCAUGGAGGCCCUUGCGGCGGCGGCGGCGGCCAUGGCGCUGUGCAGAACAAAGUGAGGUUUGACGAUGGAGAGGACUCCACAUCAACAGCCGACGUCGACAUUAAAGAGCCGGAAGCUUCUGUCUCGCCGCCCGUUAGUCCGGGCGACCUCCCAAGCUGCUUCCCCGUCCCGCCCGAGCCGGCGUACGACAGACGCUCCUAUCAGGAUGAAGACGCCGUCUGUCAGCGUUCGGAAGAUGGCGAGAGCGACGUCAUCAGCAGCAUCGACUCCACGCUGACGGAGGACAAAGACGCGCCACCGGGCCAAGUCGUGUUUGACGACGAAGACACGUGGAGCGACCUUGACGACAUGGCGGUCAGCGUGUCUGACACGGUCUCCACGGAAGCGGCCAAUCGGGAGCCGGAAGCUCCUCCUUCCAAACUCAUGGUGACACUGUUCCCGUCCCUCAAGCCAAAGACCCUGAAUGCACCUCGACCUCCGUGUCCCCCCCAGGAUGAGAAGCCAGACCAGGAGGCGGGUCAGUGUGUCCAUUCCACACAGCUGAGGGAGAAGGUGGCCCAGCUGGAGAUGGAGAUGGAGCGCUUCCAGAAGGACAACGCUGCGCUGGCCAAGCUCAGACGAGAGUACGAGAAGAAGCAGGAGAACCUCAGGAGGGAGAGCGAGGCGUUUGAGAAGCGGAGAGCCGAGCAGCUGACUCGCUUCGAGGACUACAAGAAAGAAGAAAGCAGGAAGCUGCAGAGGGAACGCAAACUCUUUGAGAAGCACGCCGUGGCCAUGCGAGCCACGCCCGACAAGAAAGAACGGGAGGAGAUACAGGUGCUGAAGGAGCAGCUGAGCGUCCUGCAGGAGGAGCUGAGGAGGAAGGAGAGCCGCUGGUCGUGCACGCACACUCGCCUUCGCCAGCAGAUGGACUCUCUACGCCGGGACAACCUCGCUCUGAGGGACCAGGUGCGCACGUUGGAGAUGCUUCGUAUCAGUGCCUUGAAGAGGAACUCUCCAGGAGCAGAGGGGGACAUGAAAUGUGGGCCUCCUGGUACCAAAGGAGUUACCUUUGCUAGUCCUCCAAGCUGCAGUACUUCAGCCGCCACUAGAGGGAGCUCCAAGGACAGCGGGCAUCCUGCACACGUGCCCAAAGCAAUGAAGAGCAGUCUCAGGAAGCCUGGCGACUCAGGCCCCUCAUCAUCAUCAUCAUCAUCAUCAUCAUCGCGGUCUUGGCAGGCGCCCGGCAGGAAGAAGGUGUCACAGGAGCAGUCCAUGGUGGAAGAUUCCCGUAGCUGCUCUCCGGUAGGAGGCGUCACUCCUGGUGCUGAUGUGAUGGAACCCCAGGCAGCGUUAACACCAGCCGUCCUCCUUCGGCAGCCGGGAGAGGUGACGGCCAGCCAACCAAGCCAGCGUCUGCAGGAAGAAGACGCUCAGGAGGUCAUCGCGUAUCCCGACGGCAAGGUCAACAAAGAUCCGCGCUUGCUUCGAGAUCAUGUGGAGAAGGUCCUGGCCGGCGGCGACCGCGUCGUCAUCUUCCCCAACGGGACCAGGAAGGAGCUUUCAUCGGACGGCGUCGCGGUCAAAGUCACGUUUUUCAACGGCGACACCAAGGAGGUGACGGCCGACCACAGGGUGAUCUACUACUACGCGGACGCCAGGACCACGCACGUCACCCACCCGGACGGCGUGGAGGUGCUGCAUUUCCCCAACAACCAGACCGAGAAGCACUUCCCGGACGGCCGCAAGGAGAUCACCUUCGCCGACCAGACGGUGAAGAACGUCUUUCCCGACGGCAGCGAGGAGAGCGUGCUGGCGGACGGCACCGUCGUGCACGUCAAACCAGACGGAACCAAGGAGAUCCAUUUCAACACGGGCCAGAGGGAGGUCCACACGGCGGACUACAAGAGGAGAGCGUAUCCGGACGGCACCGUGAAGACGGUCUACGCCGACGGACGGCAGGAGACGCGCUACCCCACCGGACGACUGCGAGUCAAAGACAAAGACGGGAACGUGGUCGCCGACAGCAGACCAUAGCGAGGACCGCCACCGUCCCUCUGAGGAAGCACGGUCAGCCUUUUUCCGAUUUCUUCGGCUACGUCCUCAACAGGUGUUGGCUCAUCUGUUUUUCCCAAAGAUGGAUUUAUACGUGGUAUAAGAGGCAAACAGAUGACGUGUGGCGUGGGACCUUGGAUCCCAAAGAUGGAUUUAUACGUGGUAUAAGAGGCAAACAGAGGUGUGGCGUGGGACCUUGGAUCCCAAAGAUGGAUUUAUACGUGGUAUAAGAGGCAAACAGACGUGUGGCGUGGGACCUUGGAACGCAUGCGCACACGGUUCCGUUCCUAAUGUCAACCUUGUAAAUAGUUGGUUAUAUCUGUAAAGAAAUGAUUUUCAUGUAAACAACCAUUUUGUGUGUAUGUUGUUGCUUGGUUAAAUCCAUAUUUGUGUCAAAA